UGGUGGCGGGGCGUUCUCCCUCGCCGGGCUCUCCGUUCUCAGCUCCCGUCUUGAACUCCAUUCUCCUGAACCCGCUCGGCCCAUCCAGGAGUUCUGCAGGGACCGGCGGUGGGAGGCCCCGGCCGGAUGAGGGGAGUUUGUUGCCCAAGGACCAGGAUAGAGCAGCUGACAGGUGUGGAGAGGAGCUGCAGUCAGUUUGAGGCCUGAAGGCGACUGCAGCUGCGAUGGAGUGUUUCAAUGACCUUCUGCACAAGCUGAGGGAGGUUCACGAGCGGGAAGUGGAGGGGUGGCAGGUGAAAGUCCAGGAGCUGUCGAACAAGAAGGGCUGCGAUACAAAGCGAAUGGAGGAGCUGUUCACCAGAAACCAGCAGAUGAAAGAGCAGCAGAGAUUGCUCACCGAGAACAUCAAGACUCUGGAGAACAGGCUGAGGGCGGGGCUGUGCGACAGAUGUACAGUAACUCAGGAGGUGGCCAAGAGAAGGCAGCAGGAAUUCGAGGCCUCACAGAUCCAGGGCCUCCACCACAUCUCUCUACUCGUGGGAGAAUUGAACAACCUGCGAAAGGAGAACAAAAGGCUGAGAGAUGAGAUCAGGACUUUAAAAGCAGCACUUGACAGAGGUCCCAGCAAUCAGUCCUCCAGCAGCAGCGCUUCAGAGGUCAAACCAAACAGCUCUCCUGAACAUUCUCCGUCAUCCUCCGGACCAGUGGCCCUCAUCACUAAUCCAGCGACCAGCAGAGCCGGAAACCAGCCAGCAGAUGGUGAUGUUGCAGUGAAAACGGAGAUGGAACAAAGAAGUGAAGAAACUGAGCAGAAGCAGCAGAGAGGAACCAACCGAAGCCAUUUGGAGUCCUACAAGCCUCAUCCACUCUCGCCUCUCGGUUUACCGCCCUGGAAGGUGGAACACAACACGACCCGAGACAGGAGAUCUCAAGGUGUUGAAGUUCUGGACCAGCACUCCUCCAUCCCUCCUCCAGCUCACCUUAAGACCUCUUCCUCCUCCUCCUCCCCCUCCUCAUCCCCUGGUAGAGAUGUGAAGCCCAGCAGACAUGUUCUUCAUGCUCCGGUUCCCUGCCGUCCUCAACCCACCAAGAGCUCCUCGGGUUCCCACCCCUGGCCAUUUUCUGACUCCUCCGACUGGGUCAACGUGGCGGCUGCAGGAACCAACCCGCUGAUUCAAACGUGUCCGAAACUAAACUUUCCUCGCUUCCCCAACCUGAUCCCCACCAGCCAACAGGCCAGCCUUCGACGGCCGGGUUUCGGUUCCCCCUGGCAGAAGCAAAGUGCCUCUCAGCCCCCAAACAAAGAGCCGACGGUGGUGUUCAGGUUGAGGGAGUUGACUGAUUUUGCGGAGAGUCAAACUAAACCUCCGGUGAAGAAGGAGACACCACCUUUGAAGAUCGAGAGGGUCUCUGGAGAAGCAUUCGAUGGACCACUGGACCUGUCCGACCGAGGGAAAUCCAAAUCCAGCAAGACAACGAGAGAGGAUUCACCAUUAGCCCUACAAAGUGGAUCAAAACUGCAGAAGAGUCCUGACAAGGAUGUAAAUCCACCAGUAUCAUCUCCUUCACCUGCUGUCCUGUCUUCAUCCUCCUGUACAACGCCGAUUAAACAGCAAGAAGAAGAGCCGACCAGCGACCACAACCACAAGAUGGCCAAAGAGCAGGAGCAGAAUGAGGAGGUAAACGGAAAAACAGACCAAAGCAAUGGGAAGAAGGUGCCCGUCCUGACGAUAUCAUUACGUCCAGUAGUCGUGCUGGAGACUCUGAAUUCUGCUCUGCAGAAGCAGGAAUCUUUAUCAUCGAAUGGGAAGUCGUCAUCACCAGAGGACGAACCGGAGACCAACUCCGAUGAUCAGGACGAAAACGAGAGCAGUUCAGGGCGAGAAAGUAGCCGAGGCUGCAAGAGGAAGAGGACGUCGGUGGAGACAGAAACCGACAGAGACUCCGACUCUGGCAACAGGAAUCAGGACGGGAAAAUCAAGAUCACGGUGAGAAACGAGGAGAAGAGCUCGAGCUAGGAGACGAUGAUUCCCAUAAAGCUGUAAUAACUGAUCAAUCAGCUGUAAACACAGCAUAAAACAUCACAUAAAGUUAAUACAGCUGGAAGUUACUCACCCAGCAGACAAGAAGCAGCAUUUGCAUUAAUUCUGACUCAUGUUUCUGUCUAUCUGCUGAAAAUAAGCCAGAUAUUCACUUUGUUUUUAGCUCUGUUUUGUUCUCCACCAGUUUCCUUUAAUGCUCCAUUAAGCUUACAUUUAUAGGAACCAAAAUGGUAAAGAUGUGAGCUGUGAAAUCAAUCAAUGGAUGCUGGAAAAAAACAAAUCUGUUGAAGUUUAAUAUGUAAUUUGAUCAAAAGUUGAUAUAAAAACAUCGAUCAGAGCAACUUUAGUUCUUAAAAACCUUAUUUGAGAGGUCGCUAUUGAGCUGGAAAGUGAUUUUAGUGAUUAAAUUUCAAGUUUGCAUUUCAACUGUCCUCAUCUGACAUGUUUCCUUUGUGGUUUUUUGCUUACAUUUCUGUUCAUACAGCUGUUUAAACUGAAUUUAGGGCUGUAUUUUAUGUAAAUUUAAAAAAAAAAAAAAAAAAAAAGUUAAAGGCCAGAAUUUUAGAAAACGUUUUUUAAAAAUAUCCCUAAACCUGCAUUUACUGAUGUUUGGCUAUUUGGGGACAGAAAACACAAACUUGAACAGUUUCCUUUUACACAUUCAGCAGCAACGGAGCAAAAAAUAGCAUUGAUUUGCAUUAAUUUAUGAAAGCUGUGGCAUGUAAAACCAAAACAACGAGCUAAAGAUGCAAAAAAAAGUCUCCGGGGAAUUGCAGUUGAUGAUAUAUAAAAGUUUGUUCUAAGGAACAACUCAUUUUGCAAUACAAAUAGCCUUUUUAAUCAGUUUUUACAUGAAAAUAUGAAGUACAGCAGCUUUAAUAUGCAUAUAUUGAUGAGAUUUUAAAGAGGUUUUCACAGUGAACAUUUAAAAUAAAGGUAGAUUCCACAUACGGGAUGAAACAGAAGUCAAAAAAAAAGCCACAACUAUUAAACUCAGGUUCAAUUAAGACAAGAGAUGCCUUUUGUUUUACUUCCUCAAAGCUUCCCGGUGAAGAGCAGUUAUUUUUGGAGGCCUCUGUGUUCUGCUUGGUUGUAUUUUAGUCAUCCUCGUGUUCAGCUCUUGCGAUUUCGGCAGAUUUUCAGGUUAACAACGUUUGCAAUGUCUGAUUUCACAUGAACCAGAGGCGUUUGCCACGUAAACAUCACAUUAGUGUCGAUUAUUAGGAGGCACAAAGUCAAUUUUCAUCUAGUCCCUGAAGCCAAAACUACAGUAAAAUGAAAUUAAUGACCAUUUUAACAUCUCCAAAUGCUCGACCUUUGCCGGGGCUCACUGUUGUGGACGUUACUGUGAGUGUUAACACAUUCUGUCGAGCUGCAGGGUGGAGAAACCAGCUCAGAAAUUCACACAUUUUGCAACACCAUCAGUCUGUUUUUUGUUUUUUUUUUUAAUCAAACUGCAGCUCUGAACAGCAGCCAAACUGAAGACGAGUACAACAUCUCAGAGUCUUCAUGUAGAUAAUACAUUUAUCAGAUUUAACUGCUCUGUCCAGUGCAUUCUCAGGUGUUGAUCAGUCAGAACUGUUUCCAGUCCCUCUGCAACAGUUAAACCCCUCUCAACUUCUCAUCUGCUGGUUAACAUUUACAGACAUUUUCUGUUUAAAAGCCGAAAAAGUGCAACUUUUCCUGGCACCGCUGCUGGUUAUUUUUUACUACAGCAACACCUCCCUCCUCCCCGUUUUAGUCGUCAUACGCGGCCGGCAAAGAAAGACGGAAAAGAAAAAACAUGUUCCUCUUCCUCUUUUUUCAGAAUGUACACAUUUGUGCAAGUAUUAACUUUCCACUCUCAGCUGUGACAAAUGGGUGAAUCGAGGCAACAAAAUGCAGAGAGAAAGUCCGUUAAAUGUGUAAAAUAACUAUAGAUGCGCUUAUAAAUAAGUAGAAUCAGAAUGUGAGAUUCCUUCAAAUUCUUCAUUUCUUUUGUGCACUUUUUUUUUUUUUUUUUUUUUAAUUUUCCUGUGCGUAAAACAUCCCAGCCCCAUCCUGUGCUCCCCUAAUGCUGUUCUAUUGAUCUGUACUGUUUCUAUUAUGCCUCUCUGGUACCAUUAUAUUCCAUUAAUGGUAUAAUAUAGAUAUAAGUCCAGUACUUUGUCAAUGGUCAGAGGACAAAGCGACCUUUUCCAUGUCAUUUAAAUAAAAUGUGUGCUACUGUAAGUGCUUCAACUUCCACAGAAGGCUCAUCUGUCAAGCUAAAUACUGCUCUGUUGUGUUUUUUAAGAAUACUAAAGCACUCUCUCUCUUUUUUAGAAAUUCUUCUAUAAAUGCACUGUUUUCUGACGCUGAAAUAAAUUUCUGUUCUUCAGUGAU